GGUCCUCACAGUAGUUUCUGCUAACAAAGCAGGCUCUAAAAUGUCGGGAGAGGUGUAUCUCCUGUGGCUUCUCUCGCUUAUACAAACGCUGUCGGCAUACGGUGCCGAUCUGUCAUCUGAGGCAUGCAGGGAGCUGGGCUUCUCCAGCAACCUGCUGUGCAGCUCCUGUGACCUGCUCGGGGAGUUCAGCCUCACCAAGCUCCAGCCCGAUUGCCGGCAGUGCUGCCAGCAGGAGGCCCAGAUGGAAGCGCGCAAGCUCUAUGCUGGAGCCAUCCUCGAGGUGUGUGGAUGAAAAUUGGGGAGGUUCCCUCAAGUCCAAGCUUUUGUCAGGAGCGAAAAGCCGAAGAUGUUCAAGGGUCUUCAGAUCAAGUACGUGAGAGGCUCAGAUCCUGUACUAAAGCUUUUGGACGAUAACGGGAACAUCGCUGAAGAACUCAGCAUCCUCAAGUGGAACACAGACAGCGUGGAGGAGUUCCUGAGUGAGAAAUUAGACCGGAUAUAGACAACGUGUAUGUUUUUGUUUUUAGUCUUUAGUUGAAGGGUCUGCUCACCCAAAUUACGAUACCUCUGGCGGUGUGUCGCCAUGCAGACACUUUGUGUUUUAUGUGCCUGAGAUUUCUGCGUCCACCUGCAGGUUAAUGGAGUUUUGUUUGUGGCACUCGCAGCACUGAUACAUGACAUUUAAAGAAGUCAACAGCAACUGUGUCCUAGUCUCUGUAGAUUAACACACUGACUACGUUACAUGCACAAAACUUUUCGGAUUUCCACUUAUUCCAAAAAAAACCAAUAUAUUCCUACUAAGCAGUUUACAUGGCUAAUGAAAAUGAAUAUUCUACUAGUAUUCCUGUUAACACGUAGCUGUGCAUACUCCGAUUAACAUGCCCUAACAUGUCAAUUAUCAUGUCAAAAAAUGGAAAAGUGGAACGGCUUUUCACUGAUGGAGGACUUGAUCAACCUGCAUAUCCUGCUUCUCUCAUUCCUUCAACUACGUUCUUUAAGGUUGACAUUGUGAUUUUUGCGUGUAUAUGACAACCUGUUGAUAUCCAUGUCUUUCAGACCGUUUAAAAGUAGGUGCGUUUCUCCGUCUGACCAGCAAGGUGGGCUUUUCUUUUAGGCGUGCAUCUCUACUCCACAGCCUUGCAAACUGUUGGCAAGUUGGUUUGUGUACAGCGUAUUCCUGACAACGCAGAGCUGAGCGUAAACAGGCAAGAGGCCGUGUGACGUUAACUGCGGUAAAAAGCACAAAUAAGACCCAGAUUCUGAACGCACUGUAUACAUGUCCAAAGAUAUCCCACACGUCUUAAUCGGAAAAUGCUAAAUUCAGAAAAUCCAAACAGAAUAUGGUGUUCACAUGACCUGCAUCAAAUUCAAGCCAUAUUCAGAAUAAUAGUGGAAUAUAAGUGUGCAUGUAAAUGUUGUCACUGUCAAAGGUUUGCAUUUGCAACGACUGCAACAAGAGGUAGCUGUAAAUCACAUUUGAGCACCACAAGCAAAAACACCUCUGUUGUAUUUAGGCUGCGACAGAAAUCCAAAGAGACCUCUUGAAGAUCUUUUAAAAACUUGAGCCAAUUAAACAAAAACUAUCUGCACGGCUACGAACCACAGGGGUCUGCUGAGAAAAUGAUUUUUUUAUAAUUUGGAUGGACCGACUCUUUUAGUUCUUUACCAAUUUGUACACAACUUGGCCUUGAUACAUGGUUGUUAAAUCACUAUUUGACUGUUUUUGUAUCUGAAAAAUCAAUUUCCCAGACGGGCAGCACGGCCGAUAUAACGAUGAACAUUACAGAUAAUUGUGGCUCAGAGUGGAUCCAUUAGGUUUGAAAAACAAUAAUGCACAUCAAGAACUGUUUUGUUGUCUACCUGUGGGAGUUUACGUUCCCCCUCUCGUCUGUCGGAUAUUCUUGUAUGAUUAUUAUUUUUUUAUAAUGCUCAACAUUGUGACUGAUGGGGUUUGUAGUAAGAGUGAAUCCUAGUUUCUCUCCAGAUGCGACGUCUUUGCCGGAGCACACGUCAGUGAAGACGUCACAGUAAACCAAUGCUGGGAUGUGACGUCUGAUGUAAAUCUGUGUGUUUCGGUAUCGUCUGCUUUGAGGAGAAACUGGAUUUAUUUUGGAUGAUUGUUUUCGAGCGAGUGAGGUGACAGUUUAAAUAUGCAACAAUAAACAAACUCUGAUGGUUUU